CAAGACGACAGGAGAGGUGAACACAGACUGAGACAACAAGACGACAGGAGAGGUGAACACAGACAGAGACAACAAGACGACAGGAGAGGUGAACACAGACUGAGACAACAAGACGACAGGAGAGGUGAACACAGACAGAGACAACAAGACGACAGGAGAGGUGAACACAGACAGAGACAACAAGACGACAGGAGAGGUGAACACAGACUGAGACAACAAGACGACAGGAGAGGUGAACACAGACUGAGACAACAAGACGACAGGAGAGGUGAACACAGACUGAGACAACAAGACGACAGGAGAGGUGAACACAGACAGAGACAACAAGACAGAGACAACAAGACGACAGGAGAGGUGAACACAGACAGAGACAACAAGACGACAGGAGAGGUGAACACAGACAGAGACAACAAGACGACAGGAGAGGUGAACACAGACAGAGACAACAAGACGACAGGAGAGGUGAACACAGACAGAGACAACAAGGAGAAAGGAGAACAAGACAGAGACAACAAGGAGAAAGGAGAACAAGACAGAGACAACAAGGAGAAAGGAGAACAAGACAGAGACAACAAGGAGAAAGGAGAACAAGACAGAGACAACAAGGAGAAAGGAGAACAAGACAGAGACAACAAGGAGAAAGGAGAACAAGACAGAGACAACAAGGAGAAAGGAGAACAAGAAGGUGGUCGUGUUACGGUGGAGAUGGAGCUGUGGCGUCACUGUGCCGUGUGGCUGAUAGAGUGCAGGGUGCUCCCUGAGAGUCACAGGGUAACGUGGGACAGUGCUCAGGUGUGUGAGUUAGCCCAGGCUCUGAGGGAUGGAGUCCUGCUCUGUCAGCUGCUGAACAACUUACUACCCCACGCCAUCAACCUCCGAGAGAUUAACCUCCGACCCCAGAUGUCCCAGUUCCUGUGUCUGAAGAACAUCCGUAUGUUCCUGGGGGUGUGUCAGGAGAAGUUCCACCUGAGGAAGACUGAACUGUUUGAAGCCUUCGACCUGUUUGAUGUCAGAGACUUCGGCAAGGUGAUAGAUACCUUGUCCAUUCUGUCCCAGUCCCCCAUCUCCAUCCAGAAGGGUUUCCAGUCUUUCCCAAUAGAUGGCUGUAUUGCUGAUGAUGAUAUCUACAACGGUCUCUCUGACCAGAUUGAUGAAACAGUGGACGAGGAUGAUGACCUUUAUGACUGUGUGGAGGAUGAGGAGAAUGAGGGGGAUGAGAUAUAUGAAGACCUGAUGAGGGCCGAUGAGCCAUCGGAGACGCAGAAGAUGGAGGUGGAUAAGAGAGAAUGCUGCCUGCAGGAGAUCAGACUGACAGAGGAGAAAUACACUGACACGCUGGAGUCCAUAUUACAGCACUUCAUGAAGCCCCUCCAGAAGUUCCUUCAGCCUCACGACAUAGAGAGCAUCUUCAUCAACACGGCGGAUCUGGCUGUAACCCAUCGUAGUCUGCUGGGGGAGAUCCAGACCUCGAUCUUCACCCUGAAUGCCGAGAACCUUUACCAAGUCUUCAUCAACUACAAAGAGAGGUUGUUGCCGUAUGGGCGGUACUGCAGUCAGGUGGAAGCAGCUACUAAACACCUGGACAAGAUGUCCGCCAUGAAGGAAGGAGUUAAGAUGAAACUAGAGGAGUGCUCUAAGAGGGCUAACAGUGGCAGGUUCUCUCUGCGUGAUCUACUCAUGGUUCCCAUGCAGAGAGUCCUCAAAUACCACCUACUGCUCCAGGAGCUGGUGAAACACACCUCCAGCAAUACAGAGAAAGAAAACCUUCGGACAGCUCUAGACGCCAUGAGAGACCUGGCUCAGUGUGUGAAUGAGGUAAAGAGAGACAACGAGAUCAUCAAACAGAUCACCACCUUCCAGUUGUCUAUAGAGAACAUGACUCAGUCUCUGGCUCUGUACGGACGACCCAAGAUAGAUGGAGAACUGAAGAUCAGCUCCUCAGAGAAGAAGUCCAAACAGGACAGGUAUGUGUUCCUGUUUGACAAGGCGAUGCUGGUGUGUAAGAAGAAGAGUGGAGAGACGAUGGAACUGAAGGAGAUUAUAGACCUGCAGUUCUACCAGCUACGAGACGAGACCACCGGGGAGAAGGACAGCAAGAAGUGGUCACAUUGUUUCCUGCUAAUAGACUGUUAUGGGAAGUCAGGAUACGACCUUUUCUUCAAGACCAGAGAUCUCAAGAAGAAAUGGCUGGAGCAGUUUGAGAUGGCCCUGUCCAACAUGUGUCCAGAGAACUGUACUGCCAAUAGUCAUGACUUCCAGAUGCACUGCUUUGAAGAUACCACCUCCUGCAAGGCCUGCAGUAUGCUCCUCAGGGGGAUAUUCUUCCAGGGGUAUCGUUGUAGUCGUUGCAGAAUGGCCGCUCAUAAAGAAUGUCUGGGAAGAGUACCAGGCUGCGGGCGCAACUCAGACCACUCAGGGAACGUGAAGAAGAAUAAGAAGUCAGCUUCUCACAGACAAGCCAGUCCAGGUCUUCCUACAAUGGAGGUGUGUCAGGAGUACUAUGGUUUACCUCCGCCCCCUGUAGCGUUCGGCCAACCACUGCACCUCUCCAUGGGUGAUGUCAUCGAACUGACAAGAGCCGAUGCCGACCUAACGUGGUGGGAGGGCAAGAACGUGACGAUUGGUCAGAUGGGUUGGUUCCCCUGCAGUAAGGUCCAGCCCUUCAUCUCUAGACCAACUCCCGACCUAUCCGACUUCCUAUGGUUUGCGGGGAACAUGGACCGGUCAGCGGCGAAGAACCUCCUGAUUUCACGGUCGGACGGAACGUUUCUGGUCCGCCAGAAAGACGGAGGAGAGUUCGCAAUCAGCCUCAAGUUUAACAUGGACAUCAGACACAUCAAGAUCACGUCAACAGAAGGCCUCUACCGCAUCAACGAGAAGAAAGCAUUCAAAGGGUUAAUUGAGAUGGUUCAGUUCUACCAGCAACAUUCAUUGAAGGAGUAUUUUACACAGGAUGUGGACACCACCCUCCAGACCCCCUUCAACCAGCCUGAACAGAGUGGUACACCCUUCAACACACCCUCCCCAGGUGGCAGUAUGCGUUCGUUCGGCACAGCGAGGGCCAGGUAUGACUUCUCAGCCAGAGACCGUACAGAGUUGUCUCUGAGAGAAGGAGACACAGUCAAGGUCCUGUCUAAGAAAGCUCACAAUGGAUGGUGGAAAGGAGAGGUCUAUGGACGGGUCGGUCUGUUCCCAGCUAACUAUGUAGAAGAGGAUUACUCUGAAUACUGCUGAUGUUGCCUCACACCUUCACCUGUGUGACUACUGCUGAUGUCUCCUUACUGUCACACCUGUGUGUGAAAGAGACAGUGUGUCCCAAUUAAAUCCCUACCCCUUCCCUUGCCCCGAACCAGUGCAGUCAAAAAUGUGAUUUUACUGUUUUGUUUUUUUCAACAAUAUCUCCACACUAUGAGGUUGAAGUAACACUCUGAAAUUGUAUAAAAUGUACGUUAAUGUCCUUUUGAAAAUCAUGCUUGGAAUUUCAGCCUGUUCAGGUGGGAUGGAGUUUUGACCCACAGCAUGACAUCACAAUCUGAUCUGAUUUUUCUGUCCAAUGGCCAGUCAUCAUUUAUUUGCAUAUGACUCCACCUACUUUGAAGGGGUAAGCAGGGUAGGCUCUAGUGCAGAGAUGGGCAGCUCCAGUCCCACUGUUUCCCUAGCAAACACAGCUGAUUAGACUGGCUGUGUUCUGAACUGAAGAACAUCAUCAUUGCAUUACUGGAGUCAGAUGUCUUAGCUGGGGCUGAAGUGUGACACCAAUCAAGCCCCCAAGGACUGGAGUUGCCAAUCCCUGCUCUAGAGUCUAUUCAAUCCUAUCCGCCAAUCAGAGCUGUGCAUGUAAAUAUAUUUAAAUUUCUAUCAACACACCGACAGAGCAUUCCGAUGGCUGAAGGAGGCUCAGGGAAAUAAAUGAUAAAACAUUUAUUUGAAGUUAUUUUCAUGAAGUAAACACAGUGAUUUAUUAG